CCGGAAGCACGCGCCGACCUGCCGAGCCGGCCGGGGCCGCGGGCGGGGGCGCCGCACCGCCCGGCCGGGGCCGGCCAUGGUCACAGGUGGGCGGCGGCGGCGAGGGUGCAGCCGAGCGGAGCCUCAGUCCCGAGACUCCGGCUGUCACGCCCCGAGCCUCGCGGCGCCGGGAUCGGGGAACGCUUCCGCGCCCUGGAGGAGCCGAUCUUCCUCCCCUCGGUCUCCGCCUCUUUGGCGGCAGCCGCACCUCCGUCGGGAGGACAGUUGUUCAGGCGUUGGCGUUAAUCAGAGGAGUGGAUGUGUUUACAAGAUGUGAGUUGUAUCUCAUGGUGACUGGUAUGAAACCGAAGGGCAGCAUGAAGCCAAUGAAGAAGAAGAAAACGGAAGAACCUGAAUUAGAGCCCCUGUGCUGCUGCGAGUACAUAGAUCGAAAUGGGGAGAAGAACCACAUGGCUGCCUGUUUGUGUGAUUGCCAAGAUCUCGAUGAAGGAUGUGAUAGAUGGUUUACGUGUAAAUCAGUACAGCCAGAGACUUGUGAAAGAAUCAUGGAUACAAUUUCUGAUCGCCUCCGAAUUCCUUGGCUUAGGGGAGCCAAAAAAAUUAAUAUUAGCAUCAUCCCGCCACUUGUACUUCUGCCUGGCUUCCUGCACGUGGCAUCCUGGCAUUUCCUCCUGGGGGUAGUGGUUCUGACCUCCCUUCCUGUGCUGGCACUGUGGUACUACUACCUCACCCACAGAAGGAAAGAACAGACUUUGUUUUUCCUGAGCCUUGGACUGUUCUCACUAGGCUACAUGUACUAUGUGUUCCUGCGGGAAGUGGUCCCCAGAGGUCGUGUGGGGCCCACUCAGCUGGCUGUUCUCACCUGCGGGUUAUUUCUGAUACUCUUCGCUUUGUACAGAGCCAAGAAGAAUCCAGGCUACCUCAGCAGUCCCGCCAGCAAUGCCACAUCCCUAAGCAGCAGCCAAAUCGAAUGCCUGAACAAAAAAGGGCAGGAGAAGACCAAAGGGUUCCUUGGAGCAGAUCCUUUGGGCAGUCUCAAUAGCCGCGCAGUGAAGGAUGACCUUAAGAGCUCCUCCAGGGUGUCGGCCGGAAGCCCCACCAAGGCAAAGGAGGACUGGUGUGCCAAGUGCCAGCUGGUGCGACCAGCCCGGGCGUGGCAUUGCCGGAUCUGUGGCAUCUGUGUGAGGAGAAUGGAUCAUCACUGCGUCUGGAUAAACAGCUGCGUUGGAGAAUCAAACCAUCAAGCAUUUAUACUUGCCCUUCUGAUCUUCUUGCUCACUUCGGUGUACGGAAUAACGCUCACCUUGGACACCAUUUGUAGAGAUAGAAGUGUCUUCACAGCUCUCUUCUAUUGUCCCGGAGUUUAUUCAAAUUACAGCUCAGCUCUGUCCUUCACCUGUGUGUGGUACUCUGUGACCAUCACUGCGGGCAUGGCCUACAUCUUCCUGAUACAGCUGAUAAACAUCAGCUAUAACGUGACCGAGAGGGAAGUUCAGCAGGCCCUUCGGCAGAAGACUGGGCGCCGGCUCCUCUGGGGGCUCAUCGUGGACACAGGCCAGUAUAACAGGGGCUUCCUGCGGAACUGGCACCAGUUUUCCACCCUGGGCACGAGUACAUUGCACCACCCUGCCGAGGACAUUGUCUGAAGUGCCUUCCGUGCAGCUCUGAGGGCAGCUUCUGCCUCCACGCCUCUCCACCACACCGAAUGUUCGCUGCUAUCCCCGGUUUCCCGCAGGCAUUACAGGGCCAUGCUCAGGUUUGGAGACUGGACUGACGUGAAGUUUUCUGAUUUCACAACUGGAGAAUUUUUUAUAUUGAAGUUGUAAAAGUAGAGCCAUUUCUUUCUAGUCACCUUAUUAAUUGAUUCAGUCACCAGAAUUUGAAAAGGAUGUGAAAUACUAAUGCACAGAUUGAUAGAAGCAAUUCUUGUCCAUUAGUAUGGGGGAAGAGUUUUGGAUUAGGAUUGUUUCUAAUCCCUCUUUCAAUUAUUAAUAGCCAUGUGACCCUUCGUUGAGUCACUCUCUAAAGUCUCAGGUUCAUCUGUAAUGCGGGGUAUUGAUGCCUGUCCUGGACCUCAGAGCCAGCGUGAGGAUCAAGGGAGGGAUGAGGCAAACACUGGAGGUAUGAAGUAUUACUAGGAAAUCCCAAGACUGAGGGGAAAAUGUUUGUAGGUCUGAAUACUGAAGGCAGUUUUAUCAGGGUCAUUAGAUUUCAGCAUAUACCAUAUUGUACAGCCGAGGGGGUUGCUCCCUAAGUAUUGUAACUACUCUUACAGUUAGGGUGUGGUUACAUGGUUGACUAGUCACCUGACCCUGAAAGGACAGUUGGUUACAGUGAUGAAGCGUAAUACCAAGUAGUCAGGAACUCAGACCUUACUUUCCUGCUUCAUGUAUUCUUUUGGAUCUACUGUAACAGACUCCAGGAGGCAUUCGUGGUUUUCCUCUUUCUGUGCUUCACUUGGUAAGGUGCUAGCACACUGUGGUGGCGGCUGCAAGGGGACACUCCUCCGGGAACACUUUAAUCCCUCUCCUGGCUAGGGAGGCUAGUUAAUAUCAAGGGCUUGAUUUUUUGGUUCAUGUAAUUCAAAUGCUGUCAUUUUAUAGCACUAAAUUGCAAAAAAUCAGUCUUGUGGCACUCACAUUAUUCUGGCAUGAACUUUGUCAGAAGCAUUGAUUGACACCUUCCCACUUAAGUUGCAUAUUAUUCUCAUUCACCUUCCUUACAUAAAAGUAGCUCACCAGGAGAGAAAGAACAGGGUAUGCGAUUUCCAUGGAUUAAUGGAUUACUAUUCUUCUCUUAUUCUUUCCCAAAUAACAAGCUGUUACUUUAAUCAUGUCUCAAAACUGAAAAUAUAUGAAGGAUUACAUAUUUAUAUAGAGUGGGCUAUUCUGCCCCAGAAUUAAAAUGAAGGAGUUUCAGAUGCAGAAAAAACACCCUCUUGAAAUGUUUGGUUUCAUACAUGUACUAUUCUACAAUCCCAAAGACAGUUCAUGAAUCCUUAAGUUUUCCUUGGCUUAUUGGAAAUAUUGCAAGCCUUUUCUGUCAUUCUGUGCAUGCUGCUUUAGCAAUGGAUUCUUAAGGGUUGAGAGGAAAUACUGCUAUUUCCUGCACUUCUCUCUGUAGCUAACACCACCCCUAAUCUCUCCACUAAGUGGGGCUGUCCUUACCACAGUUGUCACAUUUCUUAUUCACUCUUGUCAUUGCUCUCGCAGAGAUGAACUGUUUAAUGAACAAUAGGCUCCGUAUUCCACUGAGACAAGGCAAGGAGUUAAGCCUGGAGACGGGAGCAGACGCUGUGGUUUCCCCAGUCAUGCCCGCUCCUUGGCCCAGAGUCAAGUGUUCACUCAGACUUAAAGUUGGCGCCGGUAUCCCCCGUUUUUUUCUCUGUAGAUUUUUAGAUAAGUAGCAAUAAUGUCAAGGAUAGCGUAUGUAGGCAAAAAUUAGUAGUUUUCAUGUCUCCUGAAUGCCAGCUAACUAGCCAACUUUGGUUUCUAGCAAUUGAUAAUAAAAAUACACAGAAACAUUAGUGUAGUCAGUAAUUGUAGCUUGCCCAGUUUUUAACAGCAACCCAAAUGUGAUGUGAUGAAGAUGCGUCUUAGGAAACGGCCAGAGCCAUUGCAGAGAACCAGGAAGGUUCACCAUCUUCAUAACAACUCCCCGAAACAGCAUUGGUUGGGUAAGACCCCCCUGCAUUUUAUUCUUACCAAUUGGAGUUACAGUGCUUAUUUUAAGUUCCUUGAGAACUCAUAUUUUGGCACUUUACAGAAGAAAGCUCAGACCUGGAAGAGUUUGGGUUUUGAGGGCUAAAAAGCCUUUUGAAGUAUUUGAACCAAAAGGACCAAAAAGAAAAAAGGGAAGGGGGCUCAGUGCAUCAUUUUAUAGGCUCUGCCAACUCCCUGGCAGAGAUUCUAGACGCCUAGACUUUUGAACCUUUUAUCAUCCAGAGCUUUUUGAAGAAUUUUGUGAUAGUGCUUGGUUCUCUCCAGAAGGCAGAACUUUCUGUGGAACCUUUGACAAGGCCUCUGAAUCAGCUGUCUGCUCUGAAUGAACUGGUGGCAGCGGCAGUUAAUUUCCCUGCGGUCUCUCGGCCGUAGAUGCAGGCCCCCUCCCGAUGUGAUUCCAAACAGGCCAUUUCAUCCUCAGCCUCUGUAAGGAAACAUACUGCUGUAGAGCUUAGUAAAUUACCUGUAUUACAUUCUCACUGGUCAUGUUGUUAUCAUGCCAUUAUGUACUGUCCUAGGAGGGAAGAAUGGGUUUGUUUGAAAGAUUUAGGAGAGAAAUAGUUAAAAGGUCAGAUUGGAUGAAAGGAAAAAAAUCUUUGAAUACUUAAAAGGAGUCUUAGGGGACCCACGAAGUGCUCAGGUUCUUGCUGGGUGCCCCUCAAAUGAACAAUGCCUUUUUCUCUGGUUACUCUGACUGUUGCUAAGGUAAAGCCUUAAGUGUGUUUUCAGGACAAUGUGCUGCUUAUUUCACUUCUGCCACAUACAUGUUUGUUUUUAAGAUACUGCAGAUCUUUGUUCUCCAAGUUGUAUUUUCCUUUGGUGAACAAAAUGAUUGUUGUCUUCCAUCAUACCAUCUGCCUAGCAGAAAGAUCGCUAUAAACUUUCUCUUAUGCAGUAGUCCUUAGUACUUCUAAUAUUUUUAGUAAAAGAAAAUUUUCUAUAUUAGAAUCUUUCACUGCCAGAAAACACAAUGCCAAUAAGGUUCUAUGUAACACUGAGCAUCUGUUCCACAGACUGACUUCCUUUGGGUAAGAUGUUUUUAUUAUAAAGCUGAACUAACAGGAGCAAAAUUAAAACAUCUAAAAGCACAGUUUUAACUGAGAUGUUUAAAAAUUAAUGUUUUAACUGGGCAUGGUGGCACAUGCCUGUAAUCUCAGCAUCUGGGAGGCUGAGGCAGGAGUAUCCUUGCAAGUUUGAGACCAACCUGGGCCACAAAGUGAGUUCAAGGCCAGCUCAAACUGCAGAGAGACCCUGUCUCAAGAAAAAAAAAAAAAUUAAUGUUUGUGAGAUUUAAGAAUCUCUUUAAAUAAGUAGCGUUAUAUAACUUAACUUCAUUUUAGCCAUAUUUUGGUAACCUGGAUUUUGAAAAGGAGGAUUUUUCGAUCCCCGGUACCGAAAAAAAAAAGGAGAAUUUUCUCAAAUAAGCAAUGGAUGAUAAGACUUCUGCUUGAGGCAGCUAUGGGAAUCCAGUUUCUUCAGCACCUUGACACGUGUGCCAUUUGAUAUUACAUACUGCAAGACAAGGCAGGGGUGAAUGAAAGCCAUGCUAAGCUUAACAAAAAUAAAUUCGGUAUGUUCCUGUAGAUAUUUGCUGUGAUCAAUAUCAACUUUUUGCAGAAUCAGCUAAAUUUAAUCCUGCUGCUAAGGCCCACUUUCCAUGCUUCGGCUGGCACUGAGUAUUGCACUGUAGGCUGAGCAGCAGGCCAGGACUUCAUGGUUAAUGGAGACUGAUUGCUUAGAGGCUGUUGAGGUUGUUGGGCUCGCGACUUAUUAGUACUUAACCUUCCUGAUGGCAUCUUUCACCUCCAGAAACUCAUAUUCAAAAGUCAAAGCUUUAAAACCAGAGCUAGAAAUUCUAAUUACUGAUGCAACUAAAAUUGUAUGUUCCUUCAGGUGGAGCCACUGACAAGAUACCACAGAGCUUGAGCGCCCAACUUGUGAUUUUAUGGUCGGAGUGAUUUGAUGGCUUCAGUUGUUAAGGCUUAAUUAUUAGAUAUUAAAUUCAAUAUUUAAUGUAACGGGUCCAACGGCAUUAAAGGGUUUUUUUCAGAGCUAAUCUGGAGGCUGAGGGAUAAACAUUUUGCACUGUUUUUAUACUUGUAUUCAUAUUCUCUUAUCACCCAAGACAGACUCAAAGCCUUUUAACUGGAGAUUUUACAAAUAACUGCCAUUUCUGUACAUAAAACAAUGUCUUGUGACCAGGUUAUUAAAAUGGAAAAUAAAGUGCUUUCUUUAAGGAA